AUGGCGUCCCUUGAGUUUUCGGAGGUAGCAGAGGAAGAGUCUUCCAGGACGUCCAGGGACAUCAACAUCCAAGCGACUCCGGUCACCAAGCUCCCGAAUUAUUUUCGGGCCAAAAAGACACAGAACAUCCUGAUCCUGGGUUCCUUAUCCGCUGGGCUAGGCAGCACGUGGCGGUUCCCGUACCUGUGCCACCAGAACGGCGGCGGCAGCUUCCUCCUGCUCUACGUCAUCAUGCUCCUCCUGCUGGGGAUCCCCCUCUUACACAUGCAGCUCGCCAUCGGCCAGUGGCUGCGUGUGGAAAACCUCCAGGUCUGGAAGAAGCUCGUCCCCUUCCUGGGUGGCGUGGGCUACGCUAGCAUACUGGCAAGCUUCCUGGUGAGCUUGUACAACAGCGCCCUCAUCUCCUGGAACCUCUUCUACCUGGGCUGCUCCUUCAGCCACCCUCUCCCCUGGAGCCACUGCCCAGGCCUAGAGGACAACCACACUGCCAGCGGCUUACCUUGCCUCCGGACUGUGCCUCCUCAGUAUUUCUGGUACCACACCAUGCUGGGGAUCUCGACCCGAAUGGAGGAGGGGGUGGAAGUCCUGGUCCUGAAGCUUAGCCUGUGCCUCUUGGUAACCUGGACCUUACUCUGCUUCGCCAUGGUGGCAAGGAUCAAGUUUUCAAUACUGAUGCUGAUUUCCUCCAUGUUCCUGUCCACCAUCUUCCUCCUCUGCUUCUUCAUCCGAGGUCUCUUCCUAGAAGGUGCAGUGGCCAGCCUCAGACGUCUGGUGAUCACUGAGCUAUCUACCUUAGCAUCGCUCGAUAUGUGGUGCCAAGCAGGAAGCCAUGUGCUCUAUUCCCUAGGCCUAGGCCUGGGCACCAUCAUCACCUUCUCCUCGUACCAGGCUAAAGAUGACAACUACUUCACAGUGGCCUCCUUUGUGGCCCUGCUCAACCUGGUGACUUCAAUACUGGCCACAUCCACCAUCUUUUUAGUUCUGGGGUACUGGGCUACCACCAGUGGCAGACCCUGUGUUCAGAAGAGUGUGUCCAGUCUGAUGAUGCUGAUAUCCAGGGGGCUGCUGCCCCAGGAAGCCAAGCCUCCAAAGAAGAUUGUGUUUGGGCCCCCACAGUUCUACCUGGACUGGAUCAGCAACCUCCCCUUGUACCUCCAGGACACUGUCAUCCGCCUCUCCCCACCUUGCAACAUCUUGGUGCAGGAGGGAAAGUUCAUGGAAAGUCCUGGUCUGGCAUAUGUGGCCUACUCUCAAGCCAUCUUACUGUUACCUGGUUCCUCUUUCUGGGCCAUCAUCUUCUUCAUGGCACUGGUCAUCAUGGGGCUCAGCACAAUGAUGAUCCUCUUGGAAGGCAUUGUCCUUCCACUACAGACCUCUAUCACCUCCUUCAAGAAGUAUCCCAGCAUGCUCCCAGUGAUCACCUGCCUGGUAGGAUUCAUGGGCAGCCUCAUCUUCACCAGCAGCUCUGGCAGCUAUGUGCUGUUUUUAUUCGAUGAUCGACUCGUCCCUAUGAUCCUCAGCAUCAUUGUGGCCUUCCAGAAUUUAGCGUUGGCCUGGAUCUAUGGAGCCAGGAGGGUCAGAGAAGAAAUAUUUAACCAGCUGGACUGCCGGCUGUGGACGCCCCUUGUCUUCCUGUGGAGUUACUUGACCCUGCCUAUUCUGCUCUUCCUGCUCAGCGUCUGUUUAAUGUAUCUCUAUGUCGAGGCCGUCCCCUACUACACCUCGUGGAACAGCACUGUGAGCCAGGAAGUGAAGCAGCCCUACUUGAAGACCAUGCUGGGCUGGGUCACCUUCCUCAGCAUCCUCACGCUGCUCCCCGUCCUCAUCUACCCACUCCAGCACUGGUGGUACUCAGAGGACCCCGUCUCCCCUGACAUCUUGAACAAGCCACUGGUCUCCAGGAAGACGCCGAUGAGGUUUUCCAACUGGUCUAUGAACCCCCUGAAGAGACACACCAACAAAAGCCAGACAGAAGGCUCAUCCUCAGAGGUCAGUCUAACUUUGAUCAAAAGCUCACGGGUGGCUCCCACAGCCUUGGAGCCAGCCAACAUCCGGCUCCCAGUGAGGGACGAGCGCUCCUCCUUCUUCAGCCUGACUCAUCUUGCUUCCUUACUCACCAUGAGUAACAGCAGUUUCCGGCCCUCCAGGCAGGCGAACGAGUCCUCCACAGAAGCAAAAGUUAUUAAACCCGAGGGGGCACAAAAGGAAAACACACGCCCCAAUUCUGCGCAGUAGCAGGCCUCGGCCCUGCUAAUCUAGUGGCAGAGAGAGGAAAGGAAGGGCGUGGCAUGCAGACACUUGGUCUGGCCACUUCAACAGCCCUCACGUGGCUCUGAAUGGACAAGGACAGCUCAGGAGCCCCACUUCUGGUAGGCACCCAUCUUGCUAAGCAGAAUACCCCCAGCAGACCGGAAGCCACUCUGAGGACAGGUCCAGGGCCUGCUCUUGCUCUCUGGGAUGGGGGUGCAACUUUGAAUGAAGCACUCUCCAGCCCUGCCCCACAGCCCAGGAGUCAGUGGUAUGGCAACUUCCCCAGGGCUGGCUUAGAAUGGUAUCAUGGCAGCAAUGCAUCAGGGUCAAUAAAUUAUCUCAUGGAUUGUGUGCACCA